AAGCUUAGUUUUUAUGGGUCCAUUCCCUCUUCCCAAAUGGUUUGACCCAGUCUGACCAGUCCGACGGAAGACGAUCGAUUGUAGCAGGAACUUGGCUACGUUUCUUCCAAAACAGGAGGCGAAUUCUCGCAUUUUUAACUAGUUUUACGUUAUCAAGAUGUCGGGAAGGUAUCUCUGUCUUGCCCUGGCUGUUUUCCUGGCCUUAUUUUGCGCCGUAACCGCCCAGACGACGACACCGAAGCCAGAACUCGACUGCAGUGAGAGGAACUCUUCAUGUGAUGAAUGCAUCAAAAAUGUCAAGUGUUACUACUGUUACCAGGACAACUCGUGCCGCCUGUACCCGGCUGAGAAGAUCCUCCCUCGUGACUGUGCCCUGUCUAAGGCUCGCUGGGGGAUCAGCUGUGCUAUUAACUUUGAGGCCUUGAUCAUCGCCAUGUCAGUGGUGGGAGGAGUCAUCCUGAUCUCCUUCUUCUGCUGUAUCUACUGCUGCUGCUGCAGGACUUCCUCCAAGAAGGCACAGGAGAAAUAUGACAAGGAGGACGCUAAGAUCGAGCGUGCACGUGAGGAGCGACGUCUGAAGCAUGCCGAGAGGAGAGCCGAGCGUGACGCAAAGAACCAGGAGAUUCGUAUGAAAUACGGCCUGGUGAAAGAGGACAACCCAUACCACCGCUUUGACCAAAACUAGGGGAGCGCAGAACACUUGGACAAGAUUCAAGAAUUUGGACAACUUCAAUGAGCUUCUUUACCAUUCUCAAAUUGUCUACAUCUUCACAUUCUUGUCAACUUGUCUUAUGUUGGAAGGGUGGAAAUGAUGUUGAAUUCUGUCUAUGGCUAUAUCUUUCUUUGUUGUAUACCUGAGCCAUCGUUUUUCUUGUAUACAGAACCCACCUUCCAUAAUCUGGCUCCAAGAAAGUCUGCACUGUACCUUUAAGUGUUAUUCAACAUGCACCUUAAUAAUAAAGCAGGAUUGUUUUGUUACAUUCAAAGAUGAGGAAUAUAAAUGAUGAGUUUUGCAUGGCUGUAUCAGCUUUCUAUAGUCAGAAUUUUUAUCCACAAUGGUUGCAAUUAGAGCAAGAUUGUACAUGUAGUGCCUUAGCUCAGUGAAUAUGGGAAUAGGGUAUGUUAUUAUACGGAAUAACAGAGGACCAGAGAGUAACUAUUAGCCUUGAAAUAUACAAAAUGUAAUUUAUGUAAACCAUUGUACAUUUUGAAGAGGAAGGAAAUUCUGUGCUUUCUAUGUGUAUUUCAACCUUACGUUAAUUACAUUUAGGAAGAUUCUAAAAUCGACUAAAUUUGUCUUUUGAGGGGAACCAAAAAUUAGUCAACACUGAUAAAACAUUUUUUUCAUAUCAUGAUGAAAAGAAAGACAGUAACAUGAUUUUAAGAAAAUGGCAGGCAUCUUAGCACACAUAUUUUGCAGCCUGCCUUGACUUACAAUAACUUCUUAGCUUUUGCCGUUUACCCUCCUUUCAUAAAUUUGACCUAGGUUUAAGAACAAGUAAAUAUAAUUCUACAGAAGUGGCUAGAAGUCACCAUAAUGAAGGUUAUAGUUCAAAGGUUACAGGCCAUACUCUGGUUAACUAAGAUGUAAUAUUAUAAUGGUCUAAGGAACUUUCACAAGGGUAAAGGGGUCACUUCAAGGUCACCAACACUUAAGAUCUAUUAUAGAGAACCUAAUUCUAGUGACUGUUGUGAUGUAACUCACAUGCAAACUUGAACAUCACUGAAGACAUGACAUUGUCUAUAUGAUAACAGGGACCAGUAAUGUAUCACAGAAUAGAGUGUCUAUGAUUGGUUAGAUACCUCAUCACAUGACAAGUUGUAAGAACGCCUGCCAUUGGUUAGGAUUGCCUUGUUGUAAAGUGCAAUUGAGCCAAUCUUUGUCACUGUUACUCCAGCCUGUGUAAUACUCUCAUAUACAGAUUGUUCAAUGCAUUGGAUACUACAACAACUAGAAUAGGCUCAGGCUGAAAAGAUUCUUAUCAAAUAUUGAUCCUUUGGCAUUUAAAAAUUACCAGUGAUCAAAUUUGGAAAAAUUCUAAGACAAAGCAAUCCACCACAAAGUUAUUAUGAAUGUAAGAUGGCAUGAUAUAGAAGAAACAUGUUCUUUCAAAUGUGUACAGUGUUCAAGUGUGAAAUUUCAGAAGUGGCUUUCCUGAUUCAAAGACAAAGUGGGAUCAGUGCUUCAUCUAUUUUUCUGCACUAAAAGAAUGAGCCCUCCUUAAUGUUGUGGAAUUGUAUUUUUGAUAGGGGGACUUGCCAUGUAUGAUGCUGCAUGCAUAUCCAGAUUCUAAAGCAAGUACAGGCAUACAGUACAUGUAUAUGCCAUUUGUAUUUUUCAAGGCUUGAUAUGACUCUAAACUUAUCUACUAUGAAAUCAAAACAGCAUACAAGUACAUGUCAUUUCAAUUUUAUUUAGCAGAUCUUUUUUUCAACUUGUGGUUAAUGAAUCGUUCUAGAAUUGUGAUUCAAAUGCGUUGAAAGGCAAUGAACAUUGCUACUUCUUUUGUUACUUGACUAGCUGUAUUUAAUUUAGACUGCCAAACUGUUAAAGUCUCAUUCUACUAAAUUUGACAUUCUAUCACAGAGAUGUCUUUGUGUUAGGUUGUAAUAAUUCUUUGUGAAGCAAGAGGUCAUUAAGGCGUAAAUUUUAUUGUGAGAACAGGUAUUGCACUGGUAAUUACAGCAUUUACAUGUGGUGUACAUAAUAUGUCAAUCAAGUAAUAUAUGUGGAUGGUCU